GUGUUAGGCAGAGAGUUUCUGCAAUGCCCUCAGGCUUGGAAGAGCUGAGUGCAAGAAAUGAAGAGGGAAAUACUUAUUUGGCAUUUGAAGGGGGUCUGAAGGUCAUUUUCUGGCCGUGUUUGUCAGCAAAUAUUUGUAGGGGACCAGGGGUCCAACACUGGGGAAACCUCCUGCAAACCCAGGGCAAGGCUCGCCCUGGCUCUAACUCCUCCUGUCUCCUGGUGCUGCAGUUUGGUGGCUUUGCCUGGGAGAACUGCGGUGACAAGAGGGACCCUGUGGUGCUGCAGAGCCUCUCCGUGGCGCCUGAUCCCAUCAGCAUCCCAGGGAGCCUGCGUGUCAGCGCGGCCGUCAGCAGCAGCAAGGCCAUGGCCUCCCCUCUGAAGGCGGUGCUGGUGGUGGAGAAGGCACUGGGUGACCUCUGGAUCCAGCUGCCCUGCAUUGACCAGCUGGGCAGCUGCACCUACAAUGAUGUCUGCACCAUCCUUGACAACCUCAUCCCGCCCGGAACAACCUGCCCGGAGCCCCUGCUCACCUAUGGCAUCCCCUGCCACUGCCCCUUCAAAGCGGGCUCCUACUCCCUGCCAGCCAGUGACUUCAUCCUGCCCGACAUGGAGCUGCCUUCCUGGAUGACCAACGGCAACUACCGUGUCCGGGCGACUGUCAGCAAUGGUGGGGAAGAGCUCGCCUGCGUCAAGCUGGCUUUCUCCCUGCAGUCCCAGUGAGGGGCUGGGACACCCCCAUUGCCUUGGUCCCCUGUCCCAUCCCAUCCAGUUGCACCCCAGUUCAUCCCACCCCAUCCCUGUGAAGUGCAUCCCUCCUGCUGCUAGGAGGAGGCAGCCCCUGCAACCCAACCUGGUGCCCCCCCCUCCCUUGCUACACACAGAAAGGCCCCUCUGUCUGUCCUGCUGUCCCCAACCCCAUUAAUAGGGUGUCCCCUGCACCAGACAGGGUGGCCUUGGAGCCUAACCCCACCCUUUCAGUGUGAUCAAGGCUUUUUUAACUCACUACUUUUUUUUUUUUUUUCUUAAUCCUGUUGGGGCAAUUUUAGACAAAAACAUUCCAGGGAAAAGCAAUAUUUCUUGGAGCAGUCCAGGGGGAGGAAGGAGUGUUCGAGAGUGCUGGGGCAGGCUGGAGGGAUGCAGGAUUAGCUGCGGAGGGUGUCUCCAUGAGCCCCCACCACCUCUGGCCAGAGCAUGGGGUUGUUUUGCAGAAGUGUCCCCACAGUGGCUGUAGGAGACCUGUCACCCUCACAGCAGCUCUGGGUCUGCCUUUGGCGCAUCCCUGUCUUGUGUGUGGGACCAGCUUGGCAACACGUGUGAGGGCACCUUCCCGUGUCCCUCCUGCGACAAACAUCACAAGCACAAGAGGACUGAAACUACCCAAACCCCCAAUGGACGUUCCCACUUGUGAGGGACCAAGCAGCUGGUGCUGCUCCCAGCAGCAGGAGAGAUGGCUAGACAUCAGCUGUGCUUGCUCUAGGGGGGGAACACGGCUGUGAUGGGCAGCUGGGGCACAGCCUGGCCGAGGACAAGUCCCACUCAUCUCAUUUUGCCAUGGAUAGAGCCAAGGCAGGACAGUGCACUGGCACCCGGCAGAGGCACCCCCACAGCGUGGGGCAGCAUCCUGGACGUGGAAUGGACUGGGAGGUGACUCUGAAGACCAGCAGCCUGGGUCCUGUUUGGGGGCCCUGCAGCCCAUCUCCUGGUUGUGGUUGGGGGCCAAGGUGUGUGCAGGCAGCAUCCUUCCUGCCUGCAGCUCCGGGCAGGGCGUGUGACGUUGCUGCCUGUGCCAGGUCCCCACAGGGCAGAGGUGCAGGUGACCCACCAGCCACCCGCAUCCCUUGCUCCCUCGCUGUCCCUGCCUCCGUGCAUUAUUUAGUCUCUCCGUAGGGCUGGUCUUCCCCCAAGCCCUUAAUACGCCUUAACGACUGCCGGGUUGCACUGGCAGGAGGUUCUCUGCCACACAGACAUGCUCCCACCACCUUUCUGUGCCCUCGACUUGCUCUGUUUCAUCCUGAUGCUGGCUCUGACUGGGGUUUAUUUUGCCUGGAGAAGCACUAACCCUCUCGUCUUGCUCCCUGCUGCCGCGCAGCGCCCGUGCCAGGGCAGCAUCCUCCUUUUGGGCAGGUACUGCUGGUUCUUAAUAAAUCUUUUUACCAGGAA